CAGAUACAUUUACAGAGGUGUACGUGCUAGGUCUACGUGUUCGUAAUGCAGCGCCUUGCGUUACGCUUUGUGAGACGUAUGGUUGCUUGGUCAAGUCAGAGAACGCUUGCUGUAGCUGUAUCGACGUCUACAACGUCGAGAAAUGUUGAGAAGGUCGAUUUUACGAGCUAUGAGCCUGAGUUGGAAAAGUCACCAAAGGACGAAGGUCGACCUCUCUACAUGGAUGCCCAAGCUACAACACCAAUGGAUCCGAGAGUGUUAGAUGUCAUGAUGCCUUACUCUGUGUCAUACUAUGGUAAUCCUCACUCUCGGACUCACGCCUACGGCUGGGAGAGCGAAGAAGCUGUCGAGAAGGCUCGCAAGCAAGUUGCUACACUGAUAGGGGCCGACCCACGCGAAAUUGUCUUCACAAGUGGUGCGACCGAGUCUAACAAUUUGGCAAUCAAGGGUGUUGCUCACUUUUACAGAAGCAAGAAGAGACACGUCAUAACGACGCAAACUGAACACAAGUGUGUCCUCGAUUCUUGCCGCGUGUUGGAAUCUGAGGGUUUCGAUGUUACGUAUCUUCCCGUCAUGCCAAAUGGAAUCAUCGACGUCCAGCAUCUCGCAGAGAUGAUUCGGCCAGACACGUCGGUUGUCUCUAUCAUGGCUGUGAAUAAUGAGAUCGGUGUGAAGCAACCCAUCAGUGAAAUCGGAUCUCUCUGUCGUUCAAAGGGUGUUUUCUUUCACACAGAUGCAGCUCAAGCUGUAGGAAAGAUACCGAUUGAUGUCAAUUCAAUGACAAUAGAUCUCAUGUCGAUUAGCGGACACAAGAUUUAUGGACCAAAAGGAGUCGGAGCGUUGUAUGUUCGUCGACGGCCUCGUGUCAGACUCGAGGCACAAAUAAGCGGCGGAGGGCAAGAAAGAGGGAUGCGAAGUGGCACUCUACCACAUACAUUGGCUAUUGGUCUGGGGAAAGCAUGUGAGAUUGCACAAGAAGAAAUGGAGUAUGAUCAUCAUUACAUCUCCGGCCUAUCGAAACGUCUCGUUGAUGGAAUCACAUUGCAAAUUCCGAAUGUGAUAAGAAAUGGCGACGCCAAGCAGUCAUAUCCAGGUUGUGUCAACUUUUCGUUUGCCUACGUUGAAGGAGAAAGUCUUUUGAUGGCAUUGAAAGACGUUGCCUUGUCAUCUGGAAGUGCCUGCACAUCUGCCUCUCUUGAACCAUCUUAUGUGCUUCGUGCUAUUGGUGCUGACGAGGACUUGGCUCAUUCCUCAAUAAGAUUUGGCAUUGGACGUUUCACAACAGCAGACGAAGUCGACUACACGGUAGCCAAAUGUGUAGAGAACGUGAAGACACUCCGAGACAUGAGUCCACUAUGGGAGAUGGUGCAGGAAGGUAUUGAUCUGAAGACAAUCAAGUGGACACAACACUGACCAAUCACUCAUAAUGCAAUACAUUCUCUCAGCAGUCUACAAGUACAAACCCCGUACAUAACAUAUAGAAUAAGAUAAUUGCAGCCCCUCAGUACAAUACAAACGUGACUAAGCUGUGUCAAUCAAAAUAAAGAAAUACAUAU